AUGAGUUAUUACCCAAAAAAGAAAGAAUUUGAAGAUGUUGAAUUACCAACUGAUCCAAAUAUGCCACCAUGGAUCAUUUCUCCCAAGGAAGAAAAAGUUAUAUUUGCCAGAUGGAGAAGAAAAGCAUUUGCUAAAUGUGAUGAUUUAAUUAAAGCUUAUGUUGAAUGUUCAAAUAGUUAUAAGAAUCCAAUAGAAGGUAUGGAGAAAUGUAAAGCUAUAAAUGAAAAGAGUUUAGCGUGUGUUGCUAAAUAUCAAAAACAAAAAUAUUUAGAUAUUGAACGAGAUUUAUUGGUUGAAGAAAAGAAACAAAAGAGAGAUUUAUAUAAUUAUUAUAAAGAAAAGAAGUUAAAAGAAUUACAAUUGGAAAGAGAAGCAGCUAAGAAGAAUCAAGAAGCUAAUUAA